AUGGUACCGACUUCAUCAACCCCGAGGAAGCCGCUUUUCUCGAGAAAAUUUGUCACCUCGACCCGGGUCUCGCCGAACGCGUCGGGAAAAAUGGGUUGUUCAACCGCAAUAUCAACUGCAAAUAUGUCUGGGUCUGGAAGGAUGCAAGAAGGUUUGUCAUGCACAUUUUGCAUGACUCCUGAUGUCUGUGAUGCAUGCCCUAGCAUCACAGAUUUUGUGAGGGCGUCCUGAUGCCACCUAUAAAUAUCGCAUGAGAAAUGCCGUCUCGCCCUAACAAAAACUGGACCUCUUUUGCUGUUCAUGCAAUUAUACAGAUUUUUGUAGAAUUCAGACGCAGCAUCACAAGUUGCAGUCUUCCAGACCCAGACAUAUUUGCAAUGCAUACGCAAGAACUACUACGGCCGGCUCCGGACAUCAAUAUCAGCAGGGCUACGUGGUCGGGGCUGCAGGUCAGCCAGAUUCUGACGUAAACAGCAGUAAAC